UGCGCUGCCUAAUUCCGGCCUCUGCUCUCUCUAGCCAAAGGGUUGGAAGAAGCCGACCCGAGCGAGAGGGUGGCGGUGAAGGAAAAGGGCGGUCGCGCAUGCGCCUCGGAUCUGCCGCCUCCCGCUCCCCAGACCCGAGCUUAUACACGGGCGGCGGCGAGAUGGGGCGUGAAGCGGAGCCGGAAUGACGCCGGAAGCCCGGCGCCGAGCUUAGUGCGGCCGUCGUGCAGGUGACGGGAUUCUCCCACCCACUCCUGCAGGCAUAAUGGACAGGUAACAGGAUAUUGUGCCAGAGAGUAAGAAUGACGGAGUGCUUCCUGCCUCCGACCAGCAGCCCUAGUGAGCACCGCAGGGUGGAGCAUGGUGGGAGUCUUGCCCGGACGCCAAGCUCUGAAGAAAUCAGCCCAACAAAAUUCCCUGGCUUAUAUCGAACUGGUGAGCCUUCACCUCCUCAUGACAGCCUUCAUGAACCUCCAGAUAUUGUAUCCGAUGAUGAAAAAGAACAUGGAAAGAAAAAAGGAAAAUUUAAGAAGAAAGAGAAAAGAACGGAAGGCUAUGCAGCUUUCCAGGAAGACAGUUCUGGUGAUGAAGCCGAAAGUCCCUCCAAGUUAAAGCGCUCAAAGGGGAUUCAUGUAUUCAAGAAGCCAAGUUUCUCCAAAAAGAAGGAAAAGGAUUUUAAGAUCAAAGAAAAACCCAAAGAUGAAAAACAUAAAGAGGAUAAGCACAAGGAAGAAAAGCAUAAAGAGAAAAAAUCGAAAGACUUGACAGCAGCAGAUGUAGUCAAACAGUGGAAGGAGAAGAAGAAGAAGAAGAAACCUGCUCAAGAGGCAGAGGUGACACCAGUGGAUGUCCCCAGGCAUCGCCCUGUGUUUGGAAUCCCUUUGGCAGAUGCAGCAGAAAGGACCAUGUUGUAUGAUGGCAUCUGCCUGCCAGCAGUUUUCCGGGAAUGUAUAGAUUAUGUGGAGAAGUACGGCAUGAAAUGUGAAGGCAUCUACAGAGUUUCAGGAAUUAAAUCAAAGGUGGAUGAGCUAAAAGCAGCAUAUGACCGAGAAGAAUCUCCCAACCUGGAGGAAUAUGAACCCAACACUGUAGCCAGCUUGUUGAAACAAUAUCUCCGUGAACUGCCUGAAAACUUGCUUACUAAGGAGCUGAUGCCUCGCUUUGAGGAUGCUUGUGGGAAGAGCACAGAGGCUGACAAAUUGCAGGAAUGCCAGCGUCUCCUGAAGGAGCUGCCCGAGUGCAACUUUCUCCUGAUCUCCUGGCUGAUUGUGCACAUGGACCAUGUCAUUGCAAAGGAGUUGGAAACAAAAAUGAACAUCCAGAAUAUUUCCAUAGUGCUAAGUCCAACAGUUCAGAUCAGCAACCGUGUCCUGUAUAUGCUUUUCACUCAUGUCCAAGAAUUCUUUGGAAAUGUGAUUCUAAAACCUGUGACAAAGCCUCUUCGCUGGUCUAAUAUGGCUACAAUGCCGGCUCUACCAGAAACACCAGAGAGCAUCAAAGAAGAAAUUAGGAGACAGGAGUUCCUUUUGAACUGUUUGCACCGAGACCUACAGGUGGGGAUCAAAGAUUUAUCCAAAGAGGAGAGACUAUGGGAAGUGCAAAGAAUUUUGACCGCUCUCAAAAGGAAGCUAAGGGAAGCAAAAAGACAAGAGUGUGAAACAAAAAUUGCACGAGAGAUAGCUAGCCUUUCAAAGGAGGAUGUUUCCAAAGAGGAAAUGAAUGAGAAUGAAGAGGUCAUUAAUAUCCUGCUUGCUCAGGAGAAUGAGAUUUUGACAGAACAAGAAGAGCUGCUUGCAAUGGAGCAGUUUUUGCGCCGACAGAUUGCCACUGAGAAGGAGGAGAUAGAUCGCCUUCGAGCAGAAAUAGUAGAAAUGCAAAGUCGCCAGCAUGGUCGAAGUGAAACAGAAGAAUAUUCUUCUGAAAGUGAAAGUGAGAGUGAAGACGAGGAAGAACUACAGAUUAUCUUGGAAGAUUUGCAAAGGCAAAAUGAAGAACUGGAGAUUAAGAACAACCAUCUGAACCAAGCAAUUCAUGAAGAACGUGAGGCCAUCAUUGAAUUGCGAGUGCAGCUUCGACUCUUGCAGAUGCAGAGAGCAAAAUCAGAGCAGCAGGUGCAGGAAGAAGAAGAGCUUGAGAAACGGGGAGGCACAGCACAACAACCACCACAGCCGCCAAGAGAAAUUAUGGCCGAGACAAAAACAGCAAAAGAGCAGCCAAAAGCAAUCAAGGAACCAGUGAAGCCAUCACCAAGCAAAGACAGAAAGGAAACUCCAAUUUAAUUGGAUUCCCAAGGUAUUCAGGAUGUUGCCUGGGCAAAGCCAGGACUGUGCAACUUACUGUAAAUCUGAGGCAUGUAUAUUCUGUAAAUAGGUUCUUUUACACCCUGGAGACAUCCUGUCUCCUUCCUACCUGUGGCUCCUGCCUAUCAGGCUCAGGUUACUUGGAAGAGCAAAGCAGUGGAAGAUGAUCCGGAGGGUACAGCAGAGCAGUUACUUGGCCAUGUCAAACAUUGGCUUUGGACAACCUUCAGCGGAGGUUUUAUUUCAAAAUGACUGACUUGUGCUGAAGCAUGAGAAUAUCUGCUGACAGGCUGCUUCACACAUGACACUCACUACACGGGUGUAGGUAAAACCACACACCACACCAGGUAUUUAACCACUCAUUUCAAAGCCAUUUCAACCUGGAAUUCUGUGCAGGCAAGUGACCAGACGGGGGAGGAGAGAUGGAUUAUUGUGACCAUCCUCUGCCAGUCAGUCCAUUUUAUUUCCUUGCUAGCUUAGUGUAUGAAAGGUCCCAUCCUCCACAACCAGCAGGGAAACACAAGUGAACUGGUGGAAGGGGGUCGGAUGGCUCCUUCUCUUCUCCCCUUAAUGGAAGACUGUUUUUUCUCUUAGCCUGCCCACAGGCUAGUAGCCAUCAUCCAUGCUGACCGCAGCAAUGAGGGCUUCUGUUCCUCUUCAGUUGGGAUGGAAUGCAGGCUACUAACCUCUUAACUAGUAACUUUUUCAACUGGUAACUUAUUUGUAAAGCUGCACACACCUGUGUGUGACAUGUGCAGAUCAUACUUGUGUCUGUUUUGCCAUGUGCACAUGUAGGGAACCACAAAACAGUUGUUUGCUGGUGAUGACAAAACAUUUAUGAAUGCAGCCAGGAUUGAUAGGGCCAUGUUUUUCCCAUGUGGCUAAAACAUCCUGUAUGAAGUGGCUUUUGGUUGAGAAUUGCUAUAUCCACCUAUAAUUGUUCAUUACUUGCUAUGUGAAUUACUUUGCUCUCAUUCAUCCUAAUUUCUUUUGCUCACUCUUGCUUGUGCCUUUUGGUAACAGAGAAGCAUUAUAAAAUAUAUUUGUGGAAGGUCUUUAAAUGCAAAAGCAUUAAUUACUUAACAUUGUCAGCCUUUUCAUAUGACGUUUAAAAAAACUAUAUGAAAGUAAGUCUAAAACUAAAAUGGAAAGAUGGAUGUUUUCCUGUAAAUGAGAGUGGUCCAUGAAGAGCUGUUGAACCUUGGCAAUGCACUUAAUUACAGGACUGAUUAACGGGGGAAUGUCAAAUUACUUAGCAGUGGGAGUACAAGCACCAUGUGUCGUGAACAACCUCCUAAUGCAGACUGAAAUUUCAUUUUUCUUUUUCAGAGCUGAAAACUACAAUAGAAAACUUUUCUGGAAUGACGCUUUAGUGAUAGUCAACCCAAAAUGUGUACACAGUAAGAUCCUGCAGGGGAUCCAUGUAUGGGCAAUGGCUGGGUCUGAUUUUGCUGCACUGCUCUUUUGCAGUGCUCAGACAAUUCUAGUAAAAGCCUCAACGCUGCAGUGGACCACCCCAGUUGCCUUAUCCUGAGCUUCUGGUGAGCACUGAGUUUAGGAGAGGGCUUCGGCAUCACUGCAGUAGCUGCGCUAGGCGUCUGGUGCUCAAGGUGUGGAAACGUAGCACGAUCCAAGGAACAGCCUGCCCCUUUCUCAAGCUUAGAACUGGGAUGGGAAUGGUUGAUGGUUCUCUGCAGUCUUUCAGUGCUUCUGAGGCCCUUCGGGACUUCGAGUUGAGGGCUGCAGCUUAUCAUGCUUUCCAGAAAGUGGUGGGACACAGACUCUGUGAUGAGGGUGGUGGUCUGCAUGGCUUGGUUGCAGAAAGUUAAUCUCUACCCUAAGCAAGUGAUGUAUCUCCCUGUGUACAAAAGUUCAAACCCUUUAGGUGUUCUCAAAGGAGUUGAGCCAAGAGAUUCUUGCUGGGAAUUAGGGUUCAGCUGCUUUGUGAUUAUUUAUUGCUGCCAGCCUUGAAAUGUAAGGUAGGUUUUGUCUUUCAGUAACAGCCAAUUUAUUUGAAAUUGUCAUCUCAGUAAUAUUGAGCAAAACUUCACAGGGUGCUUGUAGCUUAUUUAGUUUCUAGUCUGCAUAUUUAUUUUUGAUGUAUCAGUUUUCUUUGCUUAUUGCACUGUUGUGAAUCAUUGGCCAUGAUUUGAUUUUUGUACAAAUGACACUUUCAGAUACGUUACAGAGAAUAGCAUAUUUUUUUUAAUCUUGAAGAAUUUAUGGAGACUGAUUGAUGUGCAUAAAAGCGUCUUCCUUGGCCUGUUACAUACCUUUUAUAUUUUCUUGCAGUAUUUAAACUUUUUUUAAAUUCACACUAAUUUCUAUUAAAUUGUCACUUUGAUAUAAUCAACGUUCAUCAAGCAGAUCUCUUGCUGAGUAACCUUAUCUUUUGUCAAGACCAUGUUAAUCAAGUAAAUAAAUUUGACAUCCAUC